AUUACUGACUUGCCAAGUAUAAUUCAUAUCUAUUUCUCUCUGUCUUCUAAACAUCUUCAUCGUGUAUAUAUAACUAGUUUCACAGAAAAGGGUACUCUCAAAAUAAGCUUGGCUGGAGUUAGGGUUAGAGAAGAUGGAAUGGGGCAUGGGAUUGUUGCUGAUGGUGAUGGGUAUUUUGUUGAUGAAGAUGAAGACGAAGACGAAGAAGAAAGAAAAUCUGGAAAAGAAGAGUGACUGGGGGGUGCCCAAAGGGAGCUUGGGUUGGCCUUUGAUCGGUGAAACUCUCGACUUCAUAGCUUCUGGUUACACCUCUCGACCUGUCAGUUUCAUGGACAAACGCAAGCUUCUGUAUGGGAAGGUGUUCAAAACACACUUAUUGGGAACACCCAUCAUUGUGUCCACAGAUCCCGAUGUAAACAAGGCGGUUUUGCAGAACCAUGGCAACACCUUUGUCUCUGCUUAUCCCAAAUCGAUCCGAGAGUUGCUUGGCGAACAUUCCAUACUUCAAAUGAAUGGUAAUCUCCAGAAGCGACUCCAUGCACUCAUUGGAGGUUUCUUGAGAACCCCACAGCUUAAAGCCCGUAUCACAAGGCACAUUGAAAACUGUGUCAGAUUAACCCUGGGUUCUUGGCAACACAUGCAGAUGUUACAUGUUCAAGAAGAAACCAAAAAGAUAACAUUUGAGGUUCUGGUGAAUGUUUUGAUGAGUGUUGGUCCUGGUGAAGAUUUGGACUUUCUGAAGAGAGAAUUCGAAGAAUUCAUCAAAGGCUUGAUUUGUUUGCCCAUCAAAUUACCAGGAACAAGACUAUAUAAAUCUCUGAAGGCCAAAGAAAGGUUACUGAAAAUGGUGAAAAAGAUAGUGGAGGAGAGGAAAUCGGCUAUGGAGAAAACGGACGAAAAGGAAAUGCCCAAGGAUGCAGUGGACGUGCUGUUACGAGACAGUGAAGAAGCAAGCGAGAAGCAAUCCCUGCCGUUGGAUUUCAUCAGUGGGAACAUAAUAGAGAUGAUGAUCCCUGGAGAAGAGACUGUGCCCAUGGCGAUGACCCUAGCUGUCAAAUUCCUCAGUGACUGCUCUGUUGCCCUCCACCAGUUGAUGGAGGAGAACAUGGAACUAAAGAAGCAAAAGAAGGAUUCUGGUGAAGAUUACAGUUGGACUGACUACUGGUCAUUGCCUUUCACUCAAAAUGUGAUAAGUGAAACCCUUAGACUGUCAAAUAUCAUCAAUGGUUUGUGGAAAGCACUUAAAGAUAUAGAUAUAAGGUUUUCUUUGUAGUGUUGCUUUGAACUCGAAUCUGCAUAAAUAUGGAAAAACGUAAAAAAAAUCAUUUAAGAAAAUUGUUUUUGCAGGUUAUUUAAUACCAAAGGGAUGGUGUGUCCUGGGCAUCUUUUUUUCUGUUUCACAUGGACGAUGAAAUUUAUGAAAAUCCAUAUCAUUUGAUCCAUGGAGAUGGGGAGGUUAGUUUAAAUAGUUGCAGAGCAAAUUUGAUUCAUCAAAAAAACUUAUAUUAAGAGUUUAAUUUUUUUGUUUUUCAGAAACUUGGAGCUUCUGUUAAACAAUAGCUUUACACCAUUUGGAGGUGGGCAGAGGCUUUGCCCUGGUUUAGAGCUAUCAAGGCUUGAAAUUUCAAUCUUCCUUCACCAUCUUGUCACCACUUACAGAUGUGUUGCUCAGGAGGAUGAAAUCGUCUACUUCCCGACUGUUAAGAUGAAGAAGAAGCUGCCAAUCAAGGUCACCCCUUUAUGAAACUUAAAGUAGUUUGGUCCGUCCAUGAAACACUAUACAAAAGAAUCUAAUAAUUUAUAUAUAUAGUUUCAAUU